CUCAAGCAGGCAUGAAUGGAGCUGAUGUUGCACAACUCCCGAGCGAGGGAGCAGAAGCCAGGCUGCCGGAAGUGGCCCCCUCCCUUCAGGCUUGGCGCGCGCUCCCUCCAUCGCCUUUACAUCACCAUGGAAACGUCCGCCACGCCUCCGAGCCCAAGCGGCAGUCACGUGAUGCCUGUCAUGGCGGCUUCCAUGGCUACAGUCGGUGUCAGGCCCGGAGGUGGGCUCCGGCGGCUCCUUUGGAAGCCCGGGCGGGCCCUGCUUCGGAGCUUCCGCACUGCAGUGGCCUUUCAAGUGGAAGAGGAGAGUUGUGCUGCAGAAGUAGUGAAUGUGGUGUUCAUAGACCGAUGUGGGAAAAGGGUCCCAGUGAAAGGCAGAGUUGGAGAGGAUGUGCUCCGCUUGGCCCAGAGACAUGACAUUGACUUAGAAGGUGCCUGUGAAGCUUCCCUGGCCUGCUCUACCUGUCAUGUCUAUGUGAGUCAUGACAUUGUGGAUAAGCUUCCCUGCCCUGAUGAACGGGAGGAAGAUAUGUUGGACAUGGCACCGCUGCUUCAAGAAAACUCACGCCUGGGCUGCCAGAUCAUCCUCACCAAAGAACUGGAAGGUGCUGAGUUCACCCUUCCCAAGAUCACCAGGAACUUUUACGUGGAUGGACAUGUCCCGAAACCUCACUGAGCUCAUCCCAGAGAAGGACCAGUCUCAAAAGUGAGGUUGACUUGAGUUUAAGAAGCAGAUAUCAAAGAACAAGGUGGAAUAGUUGAAGCAACUGGGAUUAUUAUUUUAUUUCAAGAAAAAGAAAAUAGUUUGCUCCAUGAGCAAGAGGAUGCUGCCGAAGAAGGAUCCACCAGUCAAAUGUUAAACUUUCUGUAGAUGCCUGUAUCUGUGCCUUCUUCCAAAAGCCAUCACUGGGUUAUGUGUACACCUCAUUUGUGGUACCUGAAGGUGGCUGGGAGCUGGAUCCAUUUCUUCCCAAGAUGCUCGGGCAUCAAAUGGAAGAGGUUUCAGGGGGAGAGGAAGGAUUCCUGCACAGUAGCUGUCGUCUUCCAGGAAAAGGGAUACCUGUUUAUAUGUAGGGAGUUUUGACUGCAUACAGGGAGAAAACAUGAGUUACUCUCACAUGCACUUCACUGGAAUUAUUUUAUCUUUGUUGUUCUGUUUUCUUCAGUUUUACAAGCAGUGCUUUAAUCUUCACUGGGGCCUUCUUGUUCCUCAUUUGUCAUUUGGCUGUGGAAAAGUGGAUAUCUGUCCCAGUUACAAAAUUUGUAUCACCAAAUACUUAGGGGAAGGAGGUCUACAUACUUCAGUUCCCCUCUGACUCGUAUAAUUAAAGAUAUAAAACCUC